CUUAGCAGACCUGAGAAACUAUUCAAAGGACAAACCAAAAUGGAGGGCAGUUCUAUACUCCAUGCUUUCACUAACAUUUAUUUUGCCAUUUUUGCUUUGUUUUGCUUCAAGCUUUUAAUUAAGAUUUCCUUGGCUCUGCUGACCCAUUUCUAUAUUGUUAAAGGCAACAGAAAAGAGGCUGCCAGGAUAGCAGAAGAGAUCUAUGGAAUAGUCCCAGGCAGCUGGGCAGACAGAUCUCCUCUGCAUGAUGCUGCCUUCCAAGGACGCCUCCUGUCUUUGAAAACCUUGAUUGCACAGGGUUUCAAUGUGAACCUGGUGACGACAGAUCGAGUCUCGGCUCUCCACGAAGCCUGCCUGGGUGGCCACGUGGCCUGUGCAAAGCUGCUGCUGGAGAAUGGUGCUCAGGUCAACGCAGCCACUAUUGAUGGGAUCACUCCUCUGUUUAAUGCCUGCUGCAGUGGCAGCGUGGCUUGUGUCAACAUGCUGCUUGAAUUUGGAGCCAAGCCACAGCUCGGGAGCCACCUUGCUUCGCCCAUUCACGAGGCAGUCAAGAGAGGUCACCGAGAGUGCAUGGAGGUCCUUCUGGCCCACAAGGUUGACAUUGACCAAGAAGACCUGCAGCAUGGGACACCUCUCUAUGUGGCUUGCACGUACCAGAGGACGGACUGUGUCAAGAAGCUGCUGGAGCUUGGAGCCAACGUGAAUGCGGGGAAGCGAUUAGACUCCCCUCUCCAUGCAGCGGCAAGGAAAUCCAGCGUGGAGAUAGUCAUCUUGCUGGCAGACUAUGGUGCUAACCUGAAAGGCCGAAAUGCAGAUUUCAAAUGUGCCCUGGACCUUGCUGUACCCAACAGCAAAAUAGAGCAGGCGCUCCUACUUCGGGAAGGUCCUGCCAGCUUGGCCCAGCUGUGCCGGUUGUGUAUCAGAAAACAUCUGGGUCGGUCGUGCUUAUAUGCAGUCCCUAAGCUGCACCUGCCUGAGCCACUUGAGAACUUUCUUCUAUACCGAUAAGUUUGUGACUAUAUUUACACUGGAAAAGAAAGAGGAACAAAUGGUUGUUUACUCCAAAAUAUUAUAUCAAAGGAAAAAAAAAAAUCAAAGACAUCAUUUACUGUCUACUCUGGGUACCAAACACUGCUGCUGAAUGUGUAAAUUGAAGCCAAUGGAAAACACCUUUUCACAGACACUGAAUGGUAUUAUGGAUUUAGUUCCCCCACAGUUUAUUAACAAAUGCACUUAUUGCAGUUUGAGAAAUAAUAUGUGAACAGCUCGCUUGACAUGUGUUUCUAAAUGUACAUACAGACAUCCACCCAGCCACGGACAUAUGCAGAGAUUUCCCCUGCAUUUAGUGUUAUCUAAUGAUUAUGUUUUGUUUUGUUUUGUUUUGUUUGUUGGUUUUUCCUGUAAUAUCUAUGCAGCUUCAUCCUCUUUUUCCUCCAAUCUCACCGUCAAAAUCAAGGUAGUGGCUGUUAUUCUUCCACUAGAGUGGGAAUGAAAACCUUCAGCACUUAAUGUCAAAUGUAUUUAUAUACUUGGCAUCUUUUGUCCUCUCUGACUUUGCUUUCUGUCACCUCUUUCCCGUGUCCUAGUGGAGUUGUAGUGACUUCCAGCAGGCUCCAUCUGUCCAGCUGCCGCAUGUCCCAUCGCCCUGGGCCCAGCUGUCCUCAGUGCUCACACAUCUUUUCCUUCAAGGUGAGAGUGACAUUACCAAGUCAUGUGCAGGGGCUUGGAGUAAACCCACAAAAAUAUUUGUAAGUCUGAAAAAAACCUUUGUCUCUUCUAAAAAAAAAAAAAAAAUCUUCUAAGCUAUCUUACCUGAGAUCAGUCUCUGUUUGUUAUACAAAUAUUUUUUUCUUAGCUUAAAAUGAAGGCAGAACUGCAGGUGGUUUCAUAGGCACAGUAGACCAGCUUUCGGUGUCUGUCCUUUGCAAAGUUUAAAGAAAACCAAAGGAAUGAUUUGCUUCUCUCCUUUUUGGCUUUGAGUGCUCUGACAUUUCUCAAGAUAAGUCCUCAGACUGCAGAACAAUAGAGAAGCAGGGUCCCUAAGGAUGGCUGUUCAUCACUCAAAUGUUCUCCUUGUUUGUUAUUGUCCACCAGGAGAAGAAGUUGGCAAGCUCGUCUGCUCCCUCAUUACUUACUCUGGAGUCUUUCAUCACAUCACUGGGAAAAGGGUAUUUUAAACAGCAGUUCUGACCACUGUGUUUAAAUAGUUUAAAUAUUGUCAGGGUUUGUAGUUUGGACACAGCAGAGCUGAAACUGCAGACUUUGAGGUGAGAUACUUGGGAUCCAGUGACUGGUGCAAUGCCUGAGGGGUUCUGUAAAGGUUUAUCUUUCCUGUGGAGGUUGUUCUGAGGGCAGAAAUGUUUCUGCACACCUGCGUUUUGGUGAAAUGAAAUGGGCAAUGGCGUUUCACCAGCUUUAACAAAAUAGGACAUAAAGGUUAAAGGAGAAUCUGCCUACGCAUAGCUCAGCUAUGUGUUGAGCCAAGAGGCCCACAAUUUUUCAGGCUAUGAGACGUGGUGGUUUUAUUAUGAGCUAUGCAUGCUAGUACCAGUUUUCACUGCCUGUACAUGAAGUCAGGGGAAACAAGCCUGCAGGAGAUGGUAUAGGGGACUGGUUUCCAGCAGGCGCUGAGCUGCUGUCCCAGCUCCAGCAGCAUCAGCCUCUGGUCCGGUGCUUAUCCCGUAAUUUCACCGUGACAGUUUCCCUCUUGAGACAGAGGACUAACCUUUCCUGUAUUUUCUCACGAAUCAUUCAGCACAAGUAAGACAAAUUGUGCUCCCAGCAGUUCAUGAGACUAUACCUGCAGUGUUAUAACUGAAAAUGAAUGUAGUCUUCAGCCUGUGAAGUAGCCUGUGUUUGCACAUAUUGAAUGCUAUCUGACAGCAAGAACUAUUGCCCAUAAAGUCUUCUGUGACAUGAAUGACCUUGUGUAGUACAGCAUAUCAUGAAUCUCAGAGAUUUGAACUCUAAAUUCUCAAGAGCCUCUGAAAAUCAAAUGCUAUCAAGAAAGAAAUGUCUAUAUUAAUUUAAUGUCAGCAAAUCUCUCUCUGUCUUAUCUUUACUGCCAGCUCACCUACUCUGUUUAUGAGGCGGCAGUCAGAAUACCAUCUGCUAUCCAAAUAGAGAGACAGAGCCUCAGCUGUGUGGGUUGUCAGGCUUGUAUUGCAAUCAAGGAGCGAAGACAAUUUAUGGGAUCUAUUUCAGAAUGUGUAAUACCGAAUUGAUUUCCUACUGCGAUCAUCAAUGAAAACAGUAUUUCACUUGCAUAGGAUUUUAAAUUGAAAAAAUGUAUCUUCAUUAAGGAAACGCAAAGCCCAUUCAGCCUCUCGGAGAGGUUUAUGUUAUGAAGUAGCAGAAGCUGCCCUAUUUUAUUGUUGAUAUUAGCUUUCCAUCAAAAAAUCACCUCACCUUUGCAUCCUUCCAGAGACGACAUUCUUCCUGAAAUUCCAUAUAUCAGAUAUUCCGGGGGAACAGAACUUUAAUAAAUCAGGAGAGAAGUUUAGAAGUCUUGAUGUUAAGCAAUUUCAUUGGAAACUUUACCUAGACUUUCUUGUUCUUAUCACAAGUGUGGUUCAGACUAAAACUACACAUUUAAUUUUCAUUGGCUAUACUUUGUGUUGUAGCAAUGCACAUAAAUAUUACCAUGGAAGCAGUUGGAGGUUGGUUUUUUUUGUUUGUUUGUUUGUUUGUUUGUUUCCAAAUACGCCGUCUCAUGUGAGGAUAGGGAAACGCUGGUUUAAUUUACUAGGAGAUUACUGAACCUUGUUGGUGAUUUUUCCAAAUGAGUUGGGAAAACAUCUGUCAGGUGUAGAUACAGCUUCUCUUUCCUAGGCAGAAGAUGGCUGACUACCCUCAUAAGGUCUCUUUUCUUUAAAAUGGGUGACAUCUUCCAUGCCACUCUAUGAUCAUUGACAGAAACCAGUUAUUUGGGAGAAAUACAUCUUUCCUGGGAAUGUAGACAUUUUUUCUGUGUUGCAAUGUCCAUUGCUAUGCCACAUGCAUAUGAUUUUACCCCCAACGACUGCCAGUACUAUCUGCUUCAGUGAAGCAUAUCUCAACAGGAAUUAUUACACAAUAUCUUGGCUGGAGGAAAAUAUUUUUUGCAAACCACAAGCAUUUGGUCAUUCUACGUCUGGACUCUGACUUGCAGCUUUGCAGCAUGAGCUUGGGGUAUGAAUGCUCAGCAGCCAUGAAGUCCUUAGUCCCGAGUGUAUUUUGCAGAAAUGUCUUGAAAAGGUUACUCAUGAGCAGUAUUAACCCCAAGAAUUUCCUUUUAUUUUUCUCAGUCUGUUGGGCCACUUUUCAGUUUUAUUAUCCACACAUUAUGAGUGAGCAAGCAUGGACUCAGAAAUGCUGAUGACGUGUACCUCUCAGAUCUCAAACUGAUCAGAUGGUGGCUUCAAGCUGUCACUCCUUACUUAGUAUGCCUGUCAUUGGUGGUGAUCCAAAGCAAAACAGGGUUAACUGGGCUUUGUAUCAGCCCUGAAGGCUUCUUCUAAAAUAAGCCUUCAUAUCUAUGUUCUUUCUAGAAAAAGAUGCAUCUCCAUGACUCCAAGUAUCUUUACAGUCUGGACACUCACUGUAUUUUUUUGCAUACUACCAAGCUCUUGUUCAUAAGCAUAUCUUUCCUCCUCAGCUUCUUCCUGGAUUCAUGUCUUUCUCCUCUGCAUGUAAGAAAACGUUUUUUAAUCUCCUCCUUGAGCAACACGCCUCUUCAACAGCAGACAUUUUAGUGAGGGUCAACCUGUCUCCUUGUCAGAUGUGUUAUUUCUCCCACUCACCAAGCUGCUGUCUUUGGGUUCCCCACUCCAGCCCUGCACAUCUCAGCCCUCCCUUGCUCUGGAGAUGGCACUGGUGUUUGGAGAGACAUCACACCCGUGGCACAUUGCUCUUCAGCUGUCAUGUCCCUGUGGGAACAUGACUGCACUGGCCACCCUCUUUAAGCAGAGCUGGAGCACAUCAUUUUGCCAUGCUGGGUGUUGUCUGGACUAACUCCCAGCAUGGCACCACUAUUUGUUUGCUUGCUGGCUGCACGUAACUGUUUUUCACCAUGUCUGGUCACAGCAGCAGACAAUCUGUGGAUGUUUGCAGUUUGCACUGGCUUGUGAAGGUGAUUGUGGGGAUGCUCUUCUUGUUCCCCACCUUGUUGCUAUCUCAGCACCUUGGCCCAAGACCUGGUUCCAGGUUGUCUUGUAGAUUGAGAGUACUUUUUUCCAGAGUUUCAUCUGCAAGCAUCUGGCUAAUGAGCCACCUCCUAAGGGACAUAUGGCAAUCAAAGUAAAUAGACCAACACAUUCUGAAAGGGUUUAAUAAACACUGUUUAUCAUGGUAGGCAGGAAAAUAAAUAUUACAUUCUAAUCUGGUCCAUAAAAGAUACAUAUUCUGGUCUCCUGACCAAACCUGGGGUUCAAGCAGCUUCCAGAAAGUCUUCUCUGAGUCUCAACUCUCCAUAACAGUUGUGCCAGUCUCUGAUUUUCUGUCUGUCCAACUGAAUCUCCCACUCUCAAAAUGAAAUUAAAAAGGGAGGAAAAUGUUAAGCUGCUGCAAUUGGUGGCCACCCCAUAGGAGCUGAAACUCUCCACAUAUGCCUUGAGGUGCAGACACCCCACCUGCCUGAACACAUGCAAGACUCAGAGGUUGUCUGUCCUUCCUUUCUCCUGUGAUGGGAAGUGCUUGUGCCCCUUUGGAUGGUGGUACCAGGGGCCCAUCUCCUUACAACCUUGCCUUUCACCAGGGAACUGCAGCCUGGUCAACAACCACCUCAUGGUAUGUAGUCUUCUGUUUGAUGCUGAUGCGAGACAUUAAUGUUGUGCCAACCAUGUCCAAAUCCUUGUGAAGGCUGUCCAGCACAUUCCCAUCCCAAAUCUCACCUGUCUCUUUCAGCACAACUCUGCUGUUGGCACUUAACAACCCUCCAGUCCUCACUGGGUGAAAAACAUUGGUGGUGUGUCCCAGCAGGGCAUUAGGGCAAGGCUGGAUAUUUGGCCUGAUACUAGUGAAAAUGAAACACAUUCACUGACUCUUUGCUGAAAGAUUUGUGUACUGACAGUUUAUGAUGCCUUUGUAUAUUUUUUCUGGAAAUUAACUUUUUUUGCACAAGCCAAUUGCUCCUCAUUGUGAUUUUUUUUUUUUUUUAAUUUUCUGCAAGAGAUGUAUACUAUGUUAACGUCAAAUACAGAGUAUUCCAAACAGA